UUACAGAUAAAUUUUCCAAGAAAUUUACGAUCUCCCUUGACACUAAAGAAGACAGUAAUUUCGCUGAUGAUUAAACAUUGAAAGGAAAUUAUUAUCUGGGUUCUGCCUUGCAGGUAAAUAGCUUUAUGCGCAAGUUUUUACUGUAGUGCGCAUGCUCUAACGAGAUUUUGACCAGAUAACCCUUUAUAUUUCUAUACAAUGUAAGUUAGAUAUCGAAAUAAAAUUUCUGAUGCACUUAAAGCGUACACACUCUCCGCAGAGCCUUACGAAUUUUUAGUAAAAUUACGUAAUAUUACUUGGGAAACAAAUUACGUAAUUGUUAGUUAAACGCGCCAGGUAUGAUGGGAAGUUUUUUAGGAUGUUUUUUAGGUUUAGAUAUGUCAACCAUCGAUCUCACCCCCCGUCGCGCACCACUAAAUGUCCUCUACUAUCCCUACAUUAUCCCUACAAAUCCUAUGUAAUUCAGACUCUGUGGAGGAGAGUGAAGCGUACAUAUAACAACUUGUGUCCAAUCUCUGUAGAGCGCUGGACUAUACAGUUCUUUAUUCAAUGUUAUUCAACUCGCCAACGAUCUUUAGACUAGAUAGAAUGCAUGUAUUUGUUAAUCAAGACCAUUUGGAACACAGUGUACCAAGAAGUUUCACCUGACAUUUUCCGUAAUCCAAACUUGUUUAAACACGUAGAUACUAUACAUUAAUUAAUAUUGUUUAUGACUUAGACAUUGCUUGUACGUGGUCAUUAACUCGUGACUGUCCUUGCCAUAGGACUUAAUACCACAAGUAAUAUCUAUGUGUGUGUAUAUUUAAUUAACUAUAUCUAAACUAAUUACGGGGAGCACCUCGUAUGGGACUUUUAGUGUCCCGUUUGUGCUUUUCUAAUUCCGUUUGAGUGUAUCUACUAAUUUGUGACGUGCGUUUUGUCUUUCGUUUGUCAAGUUUUUAUCUUUGUACCUGAUAUAGUACGUAUGUAGAUUGCUCAAUAAAUUCAUUAAAUAACUAAAUAGCGGACUCCAAUAAAUAAAUAACUAACUCCAUUUCAAUCAGAAUUUCGAUCCGGGGAUUCUACUAUUAAUCAACUUAUAUUAAUAACCCAUAAAAUAUAUGAAGCUUUAGAACAAGGUAAAGAAGUGAGAAUGGUUUUCUUAGAUAUUAGUAAGGUUUUUGAUAAGGUCUGGCAUAGAGGACUCCUUGUUAAGCUUGAACGACUUGGUGUGCGAGACCCUUUAUUGAAAUGGUUCAGACCAUAUUUAACCGGGAGAAAACAACGGGUAAUUAUUGACGGUCAGUCAUCUGACUGCAGGAGACAAAUUGAAGCGGAGGUACCCCAAGGUUCUGUACUAGGACCUUUGCUUUUCUUGAUUUAUAUUAAUGACAUUACUACAAAUCUUCAAUCUAAUUCUUUUCUUUAUGCCGAUGAUACUUCCCUACUUGAAAUAGUGGACGAUCCUGCUUUGACUUCAGCAAAGCUAAAUAAUGAUCUUGAGCUUAUAAAUAUAUGGACGAAGAAAUGGCUUGUAACUAUUAAUCCAGAUAGAACUAAAUCUAUGAUAUUCUCUGUAAAAUGUCAAAAACCUUUACAUCCUCAGCUAAAAUAUGACAAUAAAGCCAUUGAAUCUGUUAGUAAUCAUAAGCAUCUAGGGGUCACACUUUCGUCUGAUCUUUCAUGGAGAGCUCAUGUGUUUAAUAUUUAUGAAAGAGCGUCAAAAAGAUUAAAUUAUUUUAAAGGUUUGAAAUUUAGAAUCAAUAGAGAAGCUUUAAAUCAAUUGUACAAGGCACUUAUAAGACCCGCUUUAGAAUAUGCUGAUGUGAUUUGGGAUAAUUGCUCCUUGAGUGAGUGCAUUGUGAUCUCAUUGAAUCAGUUCAAUAUGAAUCAGCAAGAGUGGUCACGGGUGCUAUGAGGGGAACUAGUAGAUCCAGAUUGUCGGAUGAAUUAGCAUGGGAAGAUAUGAGUACCAGGCGUUCUAUGCAUAAGCUUGUUUUAUAUUAUUAAAUUGUUAAUAAUCUUACACCAAGCUUUUUAUCAGACUUGUUACCCCAAACGGUGCAACAAAGGUCGGCCCUUUUUCCGAGAAACUCUGCAAAUUUUACCUUGUAUAUGUCAAGGACUGAAAGAUUUAAAAAGUCAUUUUUUCCUUCGGCUACGUUUAUGUGGAACAAUCUCGAGCUUAGAGAUCGUGAUUUAUCCUCUGUUAAAGUUUUUAAACGCUCGUUAUGCCAAUAUUUUGAUAUUCAAACAUAUAAUAAGUUAUAUGAUUUUGCGAAUGAUAGGUUUUCUUCAAUCUUGCAUACUCGUUUGCGUUUGGGAUGCUGUGGUUUAAAUUAUUAUUUGUUCAAAAUAAAUUGUAUCCUGUCGCCUAUGUGCAUUUGUAACACGGAGCAUGAAACAGUUGCCCAUUAUUUGUUAAGAUGUCCCCGUUAUGCUGCUCUUAGACACAACUUACACUCGAGUGCUGCACAAGUGUUUGGUGAUAAUUGGUAUCUAUUGUCAGAUUUGCAACGAGUAAAUAUUCUUCUAUCUACGGUUCUACUAGAUUGAAUAUUUCCGAGAACCAAAAUAUUUUUAAAUCUGUCCACUACUAUAUAAAGCAAACUGAACGUUUUUCUUAGUUCAACCUACCAAUUAUCGCUUUUGCCUUUUGUUGUGUGCUUUAUGGAGUCUUAACUCUCACAAAAUUAAUGUAAAUGUCGCGUGAGCCCCCUAGAUGAGCUAUUGCUCUUGGGCAAACGCAAUUUUAAUAAAUAUGUUUAUACAAAAAAUAAAUAAAUAAAAUGAAAUAAAUAAAUAAAUACAUUUAUAGACAUUUGAUAAGAAAAUGUAUAGGAUUUCUAGGAUUUUUGUAGAGCAAAAACAUACAUGUAUCACAUGUAUGACGUAGGAAGACUUUUUGUGAUAGGUAUAAAAAAGAAUAUAAAAAAAUUCAUUCUAUAUCACAAUAAUCUUAUGCUAAUAUUCUAUCCUGAUGAUUUUAUUCGUUGUUAUUUGCAGGUAUAUAUAUGUUUGGAGAAAGGUUUUUGACAUCUCUGAGAAAGUAAUUGUUAAGAGAUAGUUACUGGAUUCUAUCAUUAGGUAAAUAGUUUUGACUUUCCAUAUUUAUACAUAUUACUUAAUCUGUACAUGUUCUAACCAGAGGCGAAGCUACAAUCCUGGUCAAAAAUACUGGCGCAUUUCACCUCAACAUUGCAGAAAUUAUCAAUUUCCCACCAAAAUAAAAAGCAUACCUCCAUGGGCAUAUAUAUGCACAUGUGAAUAAACUUCUAAAUAAACAGAAUUUUUCCGCGAAAUUUAUAAAGCUUCCAAUGGGGAAAGAUCUUAUUUCAUAUUGCACAAAUUAUUUAAUCCCUCUUCUACUGUACACAGAACUGUAACGACUCGUGACCUUAGUACUUGUUUAGGUGAUACUAGCUCCGAUAAUUUAUGCCCCCUCUUCUGGUCAUAGUUUUUCAGAAGGUUUCCGUUUCGAUUGAGUGGCUUUCAAAAGGUAAGAAGGUUUUGUUAACAUUAACAAGUGUUCCACCGUAUCUAGAAUUUAACAAUUGUUUACUAAUUUCUUUUCAAGCGUUCAUCAAUGGCGUGUAGAAUGGAAAACGAUGAGCAAGGUUACGAUGACAGACGUUUUGAAGGUCGAGUCAGAGAAGAUCUUUUCUGCUCUAUUUGUCAAGGGGUGCUCAAAAAUCCACGAACUUGCCAGAAUAAAGAACAUCCAUUCUGUCUUUCUUGUAUAUCUCAACAUCUUCGUAAUUCCGACACAUGUCCUGAAUGAGAGAACACCUGACUCCAGAAACCCUCAAAGAUCCACCGAGAUUUUUGAAAAAUACCUUAACAGAGCUGAAAAUCAAGUGUGAUUACAAUGAUCGUGGAUGUCCGGGCUACGUCCAGCUUGGAAAUUUACAGAAUCAUGUUGAGCGAUGUGGUUUUGCGCCUGUUAUUUGUGGAAAUGAAGGAUGUGGGAUGGUGGUCAAUAAAAGCGAUAAAGAAAUCCAUGAGAGAGAACUCCGCCAGUGCCACGACUGCAAAGAUAUUAAGGUACGUCAAGAAGAAAUAAAGGUAAAAAUGAAAAGAAACGUAGUAACGGUGAGACAAGAUUUUCUUAGUCCCUAGCAGGUUUUGAAGCAGUUGAUCAGGAUAACUAUUUGUAGAUCUACUGUCGAUGAGAAAUUUUACAAGAUAUCUGUUUAUUGUUAAUAUAUUAACCAUAGUUUGUCAAAAUGUAUAAAGCGCCAUCUUUGGGAUCAUUUUUAACACUAAUACUAUAAUUCAGGAAUCACAAGCUGAAAUGAAAGUCAAAAUCGAUGAAAUGGAAAUCAAACAAGAUGACAUAAAGGUAAAAUAAACAUUGUUUAUUUAUACUUUGGAGGUUUGCAUGGCAACCAAAAUAAUAGUUUUGUAGAUCUACUCAGGGAAAACAUUUUGCAAGAUAUAUGUAUUUAUAUAUACUAAUUAUAUAGUUUGUCAAAAUGUAUACAGUAUCAUGUUUGAAAUAAUAUAGAAUAUAAUUCAGAAAUCCCAAUCUGAGAUGAAAGUUCAAAACGAAGAAAUAGAAAGAAAACAAGAUGAAAUGAAGGUAAAACAAGACUUUUCGGUUGCCAAUGGAUUUGCAUGACGAUAGGUAUAAUUGGUUAACAGCAAUACUGCAACACAUUUACCAAUAGUUAAAUUUUACAAUUCAGAAAAAUAAUGACGAAAUCAAACAUUCCCAAGCACAGAUGAAAGUGGAAUUGGACGAAAUGAAAAUAAAAUCACUGGAAUGGAAAGAAAACAAGAAAAAAUAAAGGUAAGAUAUGAUUGGUCCGUUUCAGACUUACAUAGCGAUAAAAAUAAAUCUUCUGUAUGUCAACUUUGGGAGGAUAUUUAUUUACAUUUCCUGUACUAAUCGUAGUUUAUAAAAAUGUACCGGAUGAGAUAAAAGUGGAAUUGAAAGAAAUGAAAGAUAAAAUCACAGGAAUGGAAAGAAAGCAAGAUCGAACAAAGGUAUGUCAUGAUUAUUGGGUCAUCAUCUACCUAUACUAUCCAGGCUCGUGGCUGGUUGAUUUUUACAAUGAAAGACAAUAAAACUAUAGAAAUCGUCUUUCUAAAGAACGAGUCGCGAACAAUGAUCAUUUUUGUUUCUGAAAGCCAAUCACAAAACAUGAUCAUUUUAGGUAGGUGUUUACCAGUUCUUUGCAGCUUUGCACGGAGACGAAUCAAAUCGUUUUGUGUACGUAUUGUUGGCGAUGACAAUGGAUUAUUUCAAACCUGAAAUUAUGAUCUAUGAAGAAAACUGAAUUGUUUUAGUAGUAUAUCGGGUGGCUAUUUGGUGUAACUUCAAAACUAAAAGAGCCAUUACACUUUAAGGCUAAGUCUGGUUCACAUAUAUGCCUGCGGUAUAUACCUGCGCUAUCAUUGUUUACAGCUGUUGAUACAUACAUUCUUUUGUGAAUUAUUUGGUUGAACUGCUGACGACAAUAGCUCAGCUCGCCGACAUACCACAGGUAUAUGUGAACCAGGCUUUAACAAAGUGCAUUACAUUCAAUAAUAUCCAACUUAAAUUUAUGCCGUCUGCAUUUUCAUGCAAUAACAAAGAUAGUAAGUAACAAACUUAAGUAAGUAACUGUCGGAAAUUAGCCAAAGACGGCCUAUUAAAUAUUAGAACAGCAAUAACAUGUGUUUAGACGCACUUCAGUCAGAAAGUACACAUUCGUUUUUCAGAGACAAAUAUUUACUUAUCAAUAAAUACCUCUCGCACAAACGUUUGAAACGUUUUCAUAAUUGUUCGCUCACUCGAGCAGGAAGAUUGCCUCAGCGACCUGCCCAACGCCGUAUAACCUCACAAGCAUUAUUCACCCUUGCAUAUUCUAAACAAAUCUAAACUGUUUGGUCCUUGGUUAAACGAAGCAUAUUUAUAAAAAACACGCCACGUUUCUUUGGAACAUUAGAAUUUGAUUGCCCAGCGACAUUGAAUAUUUAGAAUAAAACUUUUAAUAUGCAAAACAGCCUUAUAUUAUAAGUUACUUUUCAUGCAUUUCCAAAGGCAAUGUCAAAAUUUAACUUAGACAUUACUGAUUGCAAUUCACCAGGAGAACUCUUAAAUGUUGAAAUCUUAAAAGUUUAGUUUGUGAUAAAUUUUAUAUCAGAUCAGAACUGUUUACCUCAAUAAAUGUACAUUGAUUAAAUUAUGAACAAAAGUGAAUGAUGUCUUUUUAUCAUUAACUUAUUUCAUGAGUAACAUUUAAGUACUAAGUUUAAAGCACGCGUAGG